GAAUGACAAUUCAAUUGAAGUGUUGGGCCAAAUAAGCAUAGUAUUUAUCGAAUUUAAGUUUUAACCAUAAAAAGCCAUGUCAGUCUGCGUGCUGCACUCGCUCCCUGCCUGCCUGCCGGGGCUAUCUGUCUCCCGGUACCUGUACACGCGCCGGCUGCAUGCCGGGCUCCUGGAGGCGGCGCGGUCGCACGGCGAGCGGACGGCGCUGGUGGACCCGUCCGGCCGUCACACGUACCGCCAGCUGCUGGCGCGCGCCGCGGCGCUGGCCGGCCGGCUGCGGCGCGCCGCUCCCGAGCCCGGCUCCCGGGUGGCCGUGCUGGCGCCGCCCGGUCACCAGUUCGUCUCGGCCCAGUGGGCCGUCUGGAUGGCAGGACAUGUAGCUGUACCGCUGUGCGGCGCCCACCCGACCUCUCAGCACCGCUACUACCUCGACGACUCCCAGUCGGCGGCCGUGGUCGGCACUGAGGAGACGGCGGCGCAGCUGGAGACAGCCGUGGCCGACUCCCGCCUGCCGCUGCUGCUGGCUGACGGCGAGACGACGGCAGAGGGAGGAGCGGAGGGAGAGGGAGGAGCGGAGGGAGAGGGAGGAGCGGAGAGAGAGGGGGAGGAGGUGGGGAGCAGGGAGGACCACCAGCCGGCGGUGAUUCUGUACACCAGCGGCACCACCGGACCGCCCAAAGGUGUGGUGCUCACCCACGGUAACCUACUGAGCCAGACGCGCGACAUGGUCUCCGCCUGGCAGUGGCAGCCGUCAGACGUGAUUCUCCACACGCUGCCACUGCACCACACACACGGACUCAUCAACGCGCUGGCUUGUCCGCUCUACGUCGGCGCCAAGUGUGUGAUGCUGCCGUCGUUUGACGCCGAGAAGGUGUGGUACCACCUGCUGGACACGGUCUCCGACCCCGCCGAACAGGUGAACGUGUUCACUGCCGUACCAACCAUCUACGCCAAGCUGCUCGAACACUACGACAGCAAGAGCAGGAACAACUUCGCCUACCAGUCAUUUGUCAAGGACGUCUGCAAGUCGAAAAUCAGAGUGAUGAUCAGCGGCUCGGCGGCGCUAGCCCGUCCCAUUCUGGACCGGUGGGAGGCGGCCACCGGCCACCGGCUGCUCGAGCGGUACGGCAUGACCGAGACCGGCAUGGUGCUCACCAACCCGCUGCACGGACACCGGGUGCCAGGUGCGGUGGGCCGCCCGUUCCCCUCAGUCUCCGUCCGUGUAGCCCGGUUUGAACCGGGCGUCUCCGGGUACACCACACUGGCCGAGGCGGACGGCAGCGGCGCCUGCACCGUGACGCCAGGAUGUGAGGACCAGGAGGGUGAGCUGCUGGUGCGCGGCCCGUCGCUGUUCUCGGGCUACUGGCGCCGUCCCGAGGUCACGGCCCGCGAGUUUACGGCCGACGGCUGGUUCCGGACGGGCGACACGGCGCGUCUCUCCGACGGCGUGUUCUCCAUCCUCGGCCGCACCUCUGUGGAUAUCAUAAAGACGGGCGGCUUCAAGAUCAGCGCGCUGGACGUGGAGCGGCGGCUGCUGGAGCACCCGGAGGUGCAGGAUGUGGCUGUGGUCGGCCUGCCCGACCUCACAUGGGGACAGAAGGUGGCGGCGGUGGUUGUGAGCUCCGCCGAGCUGGACCUGGCCGGACUGAAGCAGUGGUGCGGGGACCAGCUGCCGCCCUACGCCGCGCCCACCGUGCUCAAAGUCCUACCGCAGAUGCCUCGCAACGCCAUGGGCAAGGUGAACAAGAAACAGCUCGUCAAAGACCUGUUCCCGGAGCCUGGGACGGCGCCGGCGGCGGGCGCGUAGUUCCGCGAACGGCCGGUAGGCGGCGCUGCGGGCGGUGAUACGGUGGUUCACGGGUUAUACGGCGUUAUUUGACAGAUUGACUGAGAUUUCAGGUAGUUAUUGGGAUUCUUCUCUGACAUUCAGGGCAGUUCUGUGAUUUUAAACACGUGAUAAGUUGUUGCUACAGAUAUAGAUGCGGUUGUAGAUGCGGUAGAUGUUAUCCUGAGCUCGGGGGAAUAUAAUUCGCCGCAGUUCCCCCGGGACAUUGACCAAAGUGGUCGCAUAUCAGCGUGAGUUAUGGCCUAUUACUGGUUCAGCAUACCAAUGACCAUGAUUGGGGGUCCUCGACACAAGCUGGAUAGGUUCAGACUAGUUCAGAGUACAGUACGAACUUUGCUAAGGAUAUAUACAGGGGCUGAGCACAAGUUCUCUAUACACCGAAGCUCAACUGUAUCGGCAUUGACGCUCUACGGCAGAUUGUAGAUCGGCAGAAGCACGAAGCAAUUGACGGAACGAAUUGCAUUGCAAAAAGUGAGAACGGAAGAAGCAAUUGACCCAUGCGACCCAUGCUAGUAGAUGCUCAUCUCAUGAAAUACGGUAUCUAGAUCAGUAUUUACCAAGUAUUGAUAGAAUUAGUCGCGCUAUAAACUAAGCGUCUGGGGUCUUCUUUGGCGAGAUAGAUUUGGAAAUGAAGUAACAGAACUGCAGGAUAUUUUUUGAUAUUUGUGAAUAUUUAGUGGUAGGUUUUACAUGACAACGCGUCAGCUUUGGUGCUAUUCGGAAAGCUGCUCGGCGUGUGCGCAAUGCGCAUCAUGAGUGUUAGUCUGUACAACCGUUGUACUUUCCGAGACCUUUAACCUUAGUCCUUUCGACGUUGACCUAUGAGAAAAAGGUUUACGAAAAAAUACAGUAUUACAGAACAGCA